UUUUGGCAACACUUGAAACUUCAACUCGUGUAAAUUGCAAAAUUCGUCGGCGAGUUGGCCUCGCAAUUCAAGUUAUAACAAUGACUGGAUUUUCAGAAAAACCCAUCAUCAUUGAUGGUAGGGGUCAUCUCCUUGGAAGGUUAGCAGCUAUUACUGCAAAAACCCUGUUGAAUGGUCAAAGAGUUGUUGUUGUGAGAUGUGAAGGAAUCAACAUUUCAGGAAGCUUUUUCAGAAACAAAUUGAAAUAUUUGGCAUUCUUACGAAAAAGAUGUAACGUAAAUCCAGCCAGAGGUCCCUUUCACUUUCGUGCUCCUGGUAAAAUAUUUUUGAGAGUAGUAAGGGGCAUGUUGCCACACAAGACAAAGCGAGGUGAUACUGCUUUGGAGCGUCUAAAAGUGUAUGAAGGUAUUCCACCACCCUUCGAUAAGAAAAAGAGGAUGGUCGUUCCAUCAGCUCUAAGAGUUCUGAAGCUGCAUCCCAGGAGGAAGUAUUGUAGCCUGAGUCGCUUGGCUCAUGAAGUUGGGUGGAAGUAUCAAAAGGUGAUUGAAACCUUAGAAGUUAAAAGGAAAGCUAAAUCUGCUGCCUACUAUGGCAAAAAGAAAAGAGAUGAGAAACUGAAACAGAUUGCUAAAGAGAAAGUAGCCAAGAAGAUUGCGCCACACAUAAAGAUAUUGCAGUCAUAUGGAUAUAAUGUUUAAUAAAAACUGUUCAAUAAAAUAUGUACAAUAUUUGGAGUGUGGUUAAAGUGUUAAAUUUUU